UUCGACUCAUAUUGUUUUUUAUCUAAUUGUAAUGAGAAUAGAACAGACUCUCAGAAGUUUCAAAUUCUUCAAGUUUUUUAAUAGAAUCAUGUGUGGUAGCAUGUAUUACAGCUUAGGUGUUAUUUUUGAUCAGUUGGAGUUUUUCUCUUUUACAUUUCUUACUUUUGGCACUCUCUAUUCCCCUCCCCCUGUCUGUCCUGCCUACCCCACCCUCUCUGUCUGUCUGCACCCUCUGUGUCCCCUUCUACCCCACCCUUCAUUCUGCAGUGCUACGGACCGAUCAUGGGUGACUGGAGCUUUCUGGGUAAUAUUUUAGAGGAAGUUAACGAGCACUCUACGGUGAUCGGCCGGGUGUGGCUCACGGUGCUCUUCAUCUUCCGUAUCCUCAUCCUGGGCACGGCGGCGGAGUUCGUGUGGGGCGAUGAGCAGUCUGACUAUGUCUGCAAUACACAGCAGCCCGGAUGUGAGAACGUGUGCUACGACGAGGCCUUCCCCAUCUCCCACAUCCGCCUGUGGGUGCUGCAGAUCAUCUUUGUGUCCACACCGUCUCUGGUGUACGUGGGUCACGCUGUGCACCAUGUCCACAUGGAGGAGAAACGCAAGGAGCGCGAGGAGGCAGAACUUAGCCGACAGCAGGAGCUGAGUGAGGAGCGUCUCCCUCUGGCACCUGACCAGGGAAGUGUCCGCACCACUAAGGAGACCAGCACAAAGGGAAGCAAGAAGUUCAGGCUGGAGGGCACCCUGCUGAGGACCUACAUCUGCCACAUCAUUUUCAAGACACUGUUUGAGGUGGGCUUCGUGGUGGGCCAGUACUUCCUGUAUGGCUUCCGCAUCCUGCCCCUGUACAAAUGCAGCCGAUGGCCCUGCCCCAACACGGUGGACUGCUUUGUGUCUCGCCCCACGGAGAAGACCGUCUUCAUCAUCUUCAUGUUGGCUGUGGCCUGUGUCUCACUCUUCCUCAACUUUGUGGAGAUCAGUCACCUAGGCCUGAAGAAGAUUCGCUUUGUCUUUCGGAAGCCAGCCCCGGCCCCAGCCCAGGGUGAGGGCUCGGCCCCCCUGCCGCUGCAAGGGAAGAGCCUGCCCCCCCUGGCUGUGCCCUCCCUGCAGAGAGUGAAAGGUUACAGGCUGCUGGAGGAGGAGAAAGCUCCCCCCAUGACUCACCUCUACCCGCUGGCUGAGGUGGGCAUGGAGGCUGGCAGAGGGACCCCACCCUUCCAGGGGCUGGAGGAGAAAGUGGAGGAGCCCAUGCUGCCCAUGGAGGACAUCUCUAAGGUGUAUGAUGAGACUCUGCCCUCCUAUGCCCAAACCACUGAGACAGGGGGGGUGACAUUACAUGAGGAGGAGCCCGAGGAGGUGCAGCCGGCGGAGGCGGAAGCCGAGAGGGUGGAGGAGGUUGUGGAUGAGGAUGUGGAGGUAGAGGAGGCGGUGAACGGGGAGGGGGUAACUCCAUCAGAGGCAGGGAUGGAGGCCACGGAUACGAUAGAAGACACCAGACCGCUGAGCCGACUGAGCAAAGCCAGCAGCAGGGCCAGGUCAGACGAUCUCACUGUAUGAACCUGUGAGAGAGAACACAUGUACACCUGCACACACCAAAUGUUCAACAUAAGAGAGAGCACACACACACCUAGCUCAAGACAAUGCAUACUCUUGAACAGGCAGGUCAAAAACCAAUGGAUGAAAAACAAAUAACAGGGAUAGAUUAAAACCUUUAAGACACAGGCAAUAAUUCUAUAAGUGACAAAAAAUCUGCGUGUUUGUGAUAAAAAAAAUGAAAUAUAAAAAGUAGAGGUUAAAGAGGGGAGGAGUAGGUUUUUUAUUAAGCGUGUUCUUGUAUUUAAAUAAAAUGUGGAAAGGACACAUGCAGGGGGGAAAUGUUUUUACUUGAUGAAAAUCCAUGUUCAAUUUUCAGAAACAUCUUUUUCUAUUGAAAGAGUUUUAAUCAUAUACAAUGGAGGAUUAGACAUUUUUACAUGGGGUUUGAGUAGAUAGGGGAAGGAGAGUUAUAAUAUACUUGUGUGUCUGCAAAUCAAUAAUUUCGCUGUAGUUAGGCACUGACUUUCAUUCCCAUUCAGACAAUGACAUACUGCAAAUGCAGCAUGUUGCUGCACACGGCGCGGGUGAGAGGGCUCUCGCACACACAAACACACACGAUGAAGUGCCGGUACAUUUACAGGUAUACAGCUCUUUGAGAAGAAGAAAAGUCCAUUUUCAG